AUUGAAUUUGGGGUAAAAUUUCUGGGCCUCGCCGCGGCAGAUUCGGAACGAGCCGACAACUCUCGACUGGUGCCAUGACUUGACAAGGCCGGCUCACCUCCUGCGGGCAAGUGGCUACCUGGCUAUCUGGAGGGGGUGACUCGGAUGGAGAGAUAAGAGAUGAAGUUGACUCCUAUCCCUAAAAAAGGGGCUCGGGGCACUGGGGACUCCACUAAAAGGGGCAAACGCGCCACGGAGAGCACCCUUGAGGGCAAAGUCAAGCGUCAGAAGAGCUCGAGCACUGCCUGGCCCGAUUCUGGAUCCCGCCCGACAGCAGGAGAGCCCUCUAAAGUGCUUCGUCGAACGCGAAGACAAAAGACGUCGCUGCUGGACCUGCCCGGCUGGUUCCUUGUGAAUGUCUUUAUGCUCGAGAAGAACUUCAGCUUCCCGCGCUGCUGCGGCUGGAUCGGCCGGGCUCUCUCGCACCCCUACGACCUCCGUCGGCUGAUCGCCGAUGGCUUCUCUCCGACCUGGGACGUCUGGUUCGGCUGCGCUGCUGAGGAGGUCGUCGCCUACCAGUGCCUGCCCGGUUCGGCCACCUACAAGUGGAUCGGCGACAAGGACAGGUUCGGCGGCGACCCGAAGCUUCAAAGCGACAUCCUCGCGCAGAAGUGGCUCACCCUGGACCGCCUUCUCCAGGCGCAGCAGUUCUGGUUUAUCACCAAGCGGACAUGGACGCCCACUUACUACCGUGUCCCGUCGCCCUUGAGGUUGCGGCUCGAGCCAUGUUACGGCAGUCGGAGUGUUGGCUUCGAGGGCUUCCUGCAAGACGCAGACUUCAGCAUUCGAGAACAGUUCGAACUGGAGUACAAGGCCGCCGUUGGCGACAUGGUCGUAGAUGCCCUCCACCCCCGGGUAUACCCAAAUAUGCUCGAAGUUCACCAGGCUACUUGCUUUCCAGAUCGGUUGAUUACAGGGCCGUGGACCGAGGACGACGUGAAGCUCCUGUUUUGGCUGGGCAGGGCCGGUGCUGUCAUGUCUAAGAACCAGUCCUGGGAGAUCGUCAUCGAAGGUCUCCGCUAUAUGACCUCUGUUGCUAGGCGGAAUGGCUUAGACAGUCCGGAUAUAGACAAGAUCCGAAAUCACAUCUCACGAGUUGUCAGAUUGUUCGAGAUGUUCAAGAUCUGGGACAAGAUUCCGUACAGCAUUUUUAUCGACUAUCGAGAAUGCUAUAAUCUCAGCUGGCUGUUGGAUGUUUUGGUACAGCGGACUCGAGUUGGGGAGCACCUCGUUCGCGAGUAGAGAGCAUCGUGGGAGCCCAAUAGAUUCCUAGGCGGCCAAGGAGCACCGGCUCUAGUCUGACUGGUGACUACAAACAUUUCGCCGCGAACCAUCUUUGUAGUCACCGAAAGGUAUUGGACCACCUGGCCCAGUGGGCGAGAGGAAUCCUACAUUGAAGCUAAGAAAAUAAGAGAUAGCAACUGCCUUGAAAUCUGGCAAUGGAGCUCACCGCCAAAUUUGGAAAUCGAGAAUCGAAGUACAUGUAGCAGACACAAGAGCUCAAGUCAGCCUUGAAAAUGCUUGGACCCCCACGACCCAUGUUCCCCA